ACAGGAAGACAAGAAAACAUCCAAGACGUUAAGGAAGUUGCAGCUGCAUCAGACAGCAAAAACUUCGGCAUGACUGAGUUCUGGGUUUGUUUCAGCUGCUGUGUGGCCGAGCAGCCUCAGCCAAAGAGGAGACGGAAAAUCGACCGCUCUAUGAUUGGAGAACCAACCAACUUUGUCCAUACGACACACGUGGGCUCAGGGGACAUGGGCAUAGGAGUAACGUCAGUGGACAGUGUUCAGGCUCAGAUGAAAUCAAAAGGAGGUUAUGGAGAUGGAGCACCUGACAAUGGACAAUAAUAAUCAGAUCUAAUAAGGACUUUAAAUACUACUGAUUAAAGGAGGGUGCAUGAGGAAGAGGA